AUGUUCCUGGACCAAGAGGUUGGGCUGGACCACAAAUUGGAAUUAUCGUAUGUUUCCAAUUGCUUAGCAGAUAUGGAAAGGGCUGAAAAGAAAGUGGCAAAUAUCACAACAUCAUUAGUCAAAAAAGCCAAGUUUGAUGGCCCACAAGAAAAAUUCAACACAUACGUGACCCUCAAAGUUCAGAAUGUAAAGAGCACGACAAUUGCAGUGCGAGGGAACCUUCCCUGCUGGGAACAAGAUUUCAUGUUUGAGAUUAAUCGACUAGACCUUGGGCUGACAGUGGAAGUGUGGAACAAAGGUCUUAUCUGGGACACCAUGGUGGGCACGGUUUGGAUCCCCCUAAGCACAAUCCGCCAAUCAAAUGAGGAUGGCCCAGGAGAGUGGCUGACUCUUGAUUCUCAUGUCAUCAUGACAGAUAAUGAGAUCUCUGGGACCAAAGACCCCACCUUCCACCGUAUCCUCUUGGACACCCGCUUCGAACUCCCACUUGAUAUUCCUGAGGAAGAGGCACGCUACUGGGUCAAGGAGCUGGAGCGGCUGAAUGCCAUGCGAGACCAAGAUGAUGAGAAGCCGCUUCCAGUCCCCGGCUCACAGUGCUGCAACUGGAAUUAUUUUGGCUGGGGAGAUCAACAAAAUGAUGACCCUGACAGCACCGUGGAUGACCGGGACAGUGAUUACCGCAGUGAGACCAGCAACAGUAUCCCACCCCCUUACUAUACCACCUCCCAGCCCAAUGCUUCGGUCCACCAGUACCCCAUACGUCAUCAACAGCGAGCAUCCCGGGACUCCUAUGCAGAUUCCAUGCAGAGUUACGAGACGGACUAUUCCAACCAUCGGCCAAUCAGACGCUAUGGUAGCGUAGAUUCUGCCGCAAACGGGCACAGUGAUGCAGAGUCUGCUUCCGGGUCAAGCAGGCGCACGAGCCGCCAGCCCUCGCUCGAGAGCAGGCGCUCCCUAGACCUAUCUGAUAGCCCCACUGGGAGCAGCCGCUACGCCUCCUCGGCUGAGCUGAGCCAGGGCAGUUCGCAGCUGAGCGACGAAUUCGACCCCGACGACGUCAGUCUGGACGAGCGGGACGGCGACUCCUAUCACUCUUGCCACAGCUCUGUGAGCUACCACAAGGACUCCCCGCGCUGGGACGAAGAAGAGGACGACUUCUACCUGGAGGAGGAGUUCAAUGAAGAGUACAGCGAGAAUGAAGAGUACUACCCUGAGGAAAAGGGCAAUGCUGAACAGGAGGCCUACCCCAAGGAGGCCUAUCCGCAGCCAGAAGAGCCCCAGCCCAAGGGACAACAGCUCCAGCAAGCCGCGCCAUUUGCAUCGUCCCAGCAGAAGCCGCCCCAACAGGCCCAAGCCCAGCCGCUGACCCAGAAACCACCACAACAGGCCCAGCAGCUGCCGCAAGGGCAACAGAGGCCGCAGCUUUCGCAGCAAAAAAUGCCUCCGCAGGGGCAGCAGAAACAGCAGCCACAGCCGGUCCAGCUGCCACCCAUGCAGCUGAAGCAGCAGGCGCCACCGAGGUUGCAACAGCAGGCCCAGAAGGAGGAGAAGGUGGACGAGGUUCCAACUGUCCCACAGGAGGAGCGACCAGCAGAAGAGACCCCGGCGUUGGAGAAGGCCCUCCAGGAAGAGCCCCCCAAGAUAGAAGAGAAGGAGAAGGAGGAAGUUGAAGUGGUAGACCCAAAAGCACGGGCAAAAGCCAACUGGUUACGGGCGUUCAACAAAGUCUGCAUGCAACUGCAAGAGGCUCGAGGUGAAGGCUCCGGAGAAUCAAAAUCCCUCUGGUUUAAAGGCGGGCCUGGUGGCGGGUUGAUCAUAAUUGAUAGUAUGCCUGACAUUCGCAAAAGGAAACCCAUACCCCUAGUUAGCGAUUUGUCCUUAGUCCAGUCCAGGAAAGCUGGUAUUACGUCAGCACUUGCAUCAAGCACUUUAAACAAUGAAGAGCUAAAAAACCAUGUUUACAAGAAGACCCUCCAAGCCUUAAUCUAUCCCAUCUCUUGCACAACCCCCCAUAAUUUUGAGGUGUGGACUGCCACCACUCCCACCUAUUGUUAUGAGUGUGAGGGCCUGCUCUGGGGCAUUGCACGCCAAGGAAUGCGGUGUACCGAGUGUGGGGUGAAGUGCCAUGAAAAGUGCCAAGACCUGCUCAACGCUGACUGCUUGCAAAGGGCAGCCGAGAAGAGUUCUAAACAUGGGGCAGAAGAUCGCACACAGAAUAUUAUUAUGGUGCUGAAAGACCGUAUGAAGAUCCGUGAGCGGAAUAAACCAGAAAUCUUUGAGUUAAUCCAGGAGAUCUUUGCUGUCUCCAAGACCACUCACACCCAGCAGAUGAAGGCAGUCAAGCAGAGCGUUCUGGAUGGCACCUCAAAGUGGUCGGCGAAGAUCAGCAUCACGGUUGUUUGUGCACAAGGCCUGCAGGCAAAGGAUAAAACAGGCUCCAGUGACCCGUAUGUUACCGUCCAGGUUGGAAAGACCAAAAAGAGAACAAAAACCAUUUAUGGGAAUUUGAACCCUGUCUGGGAGGAGAACUUCCACUUUGAAUGUCAUAACUCCUCCGAUCGAAUUAAGGUUCGGGUGUGGGAUGAAGAUGAUGACAUCAAGUCUAGGGUAAAGCAGCGCUUUAAGAGAGAAUCCGAUGACUUCCUGGGUCAGACAAUCAUUGAGGUGCGGACGCUGAGCGGAGAGAUGGAUGUCUGGUACAAUCUGGACAAGCGAACAGAUAAGUCAGCUGUGUCCGGAGCUAUCCGAUUGCACAUCAGCGUGGAGAUCAAGGGAGAAGAGAAAGUGGCGCCAUACCAUGUGCAGUACACCUGCCUCCAUGAAAACCUGUUCCAUUUCGUGACGGACAUCCAAAACAACGGCGUAGUCAAAAUCCCAGAUGCAAAGGGUGACGACGCUUGGAAAGUGUACUUUGAUGAAACAGCCCAGGAGAUUGUGGAUGAGUUUGCCAUGAGAUACGGAGUGGAGUCCAUCUAUCAGGCCAUGACGCAUUUUGCCUGCCUUUCCUCAAAAUACAUGUGCCCAGGGGUGCCUGCUGUAAUGAGUACCUUAUUGGCCAACAUUAAUGCUUAUUAUGCGCACACCACUGCCUCCACCAAUGUCUCUGCCUCUGACCGUUUUGCCGCUUCCAAUUUCGGGAAAGAACGGUUUGUCAAACUGCUGGACCAGCUACACAAUUCCUUGAGGAUCGACCUCUCAAUGUAUCGGAAUAAUUUCCCUGCCAGCAGUCCUGAAAGACUGCAGGACCUUAAAUCAACGGUGGACCUCUUGACCAGCAUCACUUUCUUUCGGAUGAAGGUCCAAGAGCUCCAGAGUCCACCACGAGCCAGUCAGGUGGUGAAGGACUGUGUGAAGGCCUGCCUCAACUCAACUUAUGAGUACAUCUUCAACAACUGCCAUGAACUCUAUAGCCGUGAAUACCAAACUGAUCCCACCAAGAAGAGUGAACUGCCACCAGAGGAGCAGGGUCCCAGCAUCAAGAAUCUAGACUUUUGGUCCAAACUUAUAACCUUGAUAGUAUCAAUCAUUGAGGAAGAUAAGAACUCAUACACACCUUGCCUCAACCAAUUCCCUCAAGAGCUGAAUGUUGGAAAGAUCAGUGCAGAAGUGAUGUGGAACCUUUUUGCUCAGGACAUGAAGUAUGCGAUGGAAGAGCAUGACAAACAUCGGCUAUGCAAGAGUGCAGACUAUAUGAACCUGCACUUCAAGGUGAAAUGGUUGUACAAUGAAUAUGUCACAGAUCUUCCUUCCUUCAAGAGCCGGGUUCCUGAAUACCCCGCAUGGUUUGAGCCUUUUGUUAUCCAAUGGCUGGAUGAGAAUGAGGAAGUGUCACGAGAUUUCUUGCAUGGGGCAUUAGAACGGGACAAGAAAGAUGGGUUCCAACAAACCUCAGAACAUGCCCUCUUCUCCUGCUCUGUGGUUGAUGUCUUCUCCCAACUCAACCAGAGCUUUGAAAUCAUCAAGAAGUUGGAGUGCCCUGAUCCACAGAUUGUAGGCCAUUACAUGCGCAGGUUUGCCAAGACCAUUAGCAACGUCCUGCUGCAAUACGCUGAGAUCAUCUCUAAGGGCUUUGCUUCCUACUGCUCCAAGGAGAAAGAAAAAGUGCCCUGUAUCCUGAUGAACAAUAUACAGCAGCUGCGUGUUCAGCUGGAGAAGAUGUUUGAAGCCAUGGGGGGAAAAGAGUUGGACACAGAAGCCAGUGAUAUCCUCAAGGAACUCCAGGUGAAGCUCAACAAUGUCUUGGAUGAGUUAAGCCGAGUAUUUGCAACCAGUUUUCAGCCACAUAUAGAGGACUGUGUGAAGCAGAUGGGAGACAUCCUGAGCCAGGUGAAAGGCACCGGGAAUGUGCCUGCCAGUGCCUGCAGCAGUGUGGCUCAGGAUGCUGACAACGUCUUGCAGCCUAUUAUGGACCUCUUGGAUAGCAACUUGACUCUUUUUGCUAAAAUUUGCGAGAAGACUGUUCUGAAACGAGUGCUGAAGGAGCUCUGGAAGCUUGUCAUGAAUACAAUGGAGAAGACAAUUGUACUUCCUCCACUUACUGACCAGACGGGAACCCUCUUAAGAAAGCAUGGCAAGGGGACUGAGAAGACUAGGGUGAAGCUCCCCAGUCACGCUGAAGGCACACAGAUGAUCUUCAACGCAGCCAAGGAAUUAGGGCAGCUUUCAAAACUCAAGGAUCACAUGGUACGUGAGGAGGCUAAGAGUUUGACACCCAAGCAGUGUGCUGUGGUGGAACUUGCUCUGGAUACCAUCAAGCAAUACUUCCAUGCAGGAGGAGUUGGUCUUAAAAAAACCUUCUUGGAGAAAAGCCCUGAUCUGCAGUCCCUGCGCUACGCCCUCUCGCUCUACACACAAGCCACAGACUUGCUCAUCAAAACCUUUGUCCAGACACAGUCCACUCAGGGCUCUGGAGUAGAUGACCCUGUGGGAGAGGUCUCCGUCCAUGUCGAGCUUUUCACCCAUCCUGGCACCGGCGAGCACAAAGUAACCGUCAAAGUGGUGGCUGCCAAUGAUCUCAAGUGGCAAACAUCUGGCAUCUUCCGGCCUUUCAUUGAAGUCAACAUCAUUGGGCCACAUCUCAGUGACAAGAAAAGGAAAUUUGCUACAAAGUCCAAGAACAACAGCUGGUCCCCCAAAUACAAUGAGAGCAUCCAGUUCACCCUUGGCACCGAGACAGGGCCCGAGUGCUACGAGCUGCAGGUCUGCGUCAAAGACUACUGCUUUGCCCGGGAAGACCGGACAGUGGGCAUCGCCAUCCUGCAGCUGAAGGACAUCGUGCAGCGGGGCAGCUGUGCCUGCUGGCUGCCGCUGGGCCGGCGCAUCCACAUGGACGACACGGGCCUUACAGUGCUGCGCAUCCUCUCGCAGCGGAACAACGACGAGGUGGCCAAGGAGUUUGUCAAAUUGAAGUCGGACACGCGCUCGGCUGAAGAGGGCAGCAGCAGCUAAGACCAAUCUGCCUCCCCCGACACCCCUCGUUCCCUCCCACCGUCUGCUAGAAUUGCCUCCCCUUCUCUUCCUGGUCCCUCCCCUCUUUUAUACAGCCAUGUCAAAGCCAUAGAGUUUUCGGAGCUGUCCUUUCUCUCCCCCACCGCAGCCCAGCCCUCCCUGCUUCUCACCCUUUUAUUUGGGAGCUUUGCUCCCGCUGCCAAGGAUCACCCACGUACCCUCUCAAAUACAUGCAUGUUGCCAAAUUCCCCCAUGAAGCAGAGAGAGGUGAGAGAGCAAAGGGCUCGUUUCUAGAAAGGAUCCUGACACAAAUCAACAAUGCUGCUGUCUGCACUUCAACAUAAACUCCCACCAUCCCCUUUCUUUCCUGGCACGUUUCUGGUCAAGGAGGAUCAGAAGCUGCCUUCCAUCUAGUCAGGGUAUUUGUCAACCAGCCCAGUAUUUCC